UUCUUCUUAUAAAUCGUCUAAACGCUAAAAGAAAUUUUUCAGACGUACAAUCCGUCACUAUUUCAAUAUGUAUUCCUCUCGACAAUAAACAAGUGAAUAUAGCUCCCCAAACUUUAUUAAAAUCUUUACUCUUUAUUAAAAUUGGUCCGAAAUAAUCUAAUCCUACGUUCAUGAAUGCAGUGUCUCCUUUAACUCUAAAAAUUGGUAAAUCUGGUGCUUUUGGAUAGUCAAAUUUUUUACACGUAAAUCUUGCACAAAUGCCGCAUUUUGUCUUCCGAUUAUGAAAUCCAAGGUGUAGAAAAUUAAUAAGGAACGUAAUAUUUCAUAAUCGGAAGACAAAAUGCGGCAUUUGUGCAAGAUUUACGUGUAAAAAAUUUGACUAUCCAAAAGCACCAGAUUUACCAAUUUUUAGAGUUAAAGGAGACACUGCAUUCAUGAACGUAGGAUUAGAUUAUUUCGGACCAAUUUUAAUAAAGAGUAAAGAUUUUAAUAAAGUUUGGGGAGCUAUAUUCACUUGUUUAUUGUCGAGAGGAAUACAUAUUGAAAUAGUGACGGAUUGUACGUCUGAAAAAUUUCUUUUAGCGUUUAGACGAUUUAUAAGAAGAAGGAGGACACCAAAAUUAAUAUUAUCAGAUAAUGGUAAAACAUUUGUCUUGGCCAAUAAAGUAAUUCAACAAAUUUGCUCUGAAGAGUUAGAACAAAAGAAAUUAUGGCUAAAUAUAUUUAAUGAUAAACAAAUCCAAAAUUUUGCAAUGAAUAAGGAAAUAGAGUGGAAAUUUAAUACCCCUCUUAGUCCCUGA